AUUCUGGAUUCAAAAUUAUGAAUCAAAUUCUCAGACUCCUAUUUUUUUCCAAUCGAAAGUUUGCAUCCCAUAAGCACUGCUCAUUCUCGGAAAGCUUCCUUACACCGAUCGCUCGUUACAGUUUUCAUCUACCGCGAGGAUUCUAUAUUUUAUGAUCUGCACGAUGCUGGCAAGCUCUAGAAGCGACAUAGAUGUAAGAAUUGUUAUGAAAUUCUUUUUUUUCAUAGGAAACUAGGAAAAGAUUUCGAAAUUUUUAUCUGUGGAAUGAGCAUUCUCAAAGACGAAUGUCGUAUUUUGUAGCGCUUACUCCUACAAAAGACGGGAUCCCUUCGAUAACGAUGAUUUCUUUUCUUUUCUUUUCCAUUCAUUGUAGUGAUUCCUAACAUUCCAGUCAAUGCCCAAUGGGCACAGAAUGGAGUGGCCGUGGCUGGUGGUCACGGGAAUGGUGAUGCCACCAAUCAACUUCGGGGCCCUGAAGGUCUCUUCGUUGAUGAUGAUCAGACGGUAGUCAUUGCUGACUUGGACAAUCAUCGUAUCGUCCAAUGGAAAAUGGGUGAUACGAAUGGACAAGUGGUAGCUGGUGGUAAAGGCCGAGGAGAUCGAUUAGAUCAAUUGAAUGAACCAAGCGACGUGUUGAUCGACAGAGCGAUGAAUAAUAUCAUUAUUUGUGAUCAAAGAAAUCGACGAAUCGUACAAUGGUCUCGUCGUAGUAACACAACUGAAGGAGAGGUUCUCAUUGACAACAUCCAGUGUCGGGGAUUGACCAUGGAUAAUCAACGAUAUCUGUACAUCUCUGACACCGAAAAACAUGAAAUAAGACGAUAUCAAAUAGAAGACAAGAAUGAAACUAUCGUGGCUGGUGGCAAUGGUCAAGGUGGUGGUUUCAAUCAACUCAACUGGCCAUCAUACCUCUUUGUCGAUCAACAACAGUCUGUAUACGUGUCAGACCGUGAUAAUAGUCGUGUGAUAAAAUGGGAUAAUGGUGCAAAAGAAGGAAUCGUCGUCGCUGGAGGUCAAGGUCAAGGGGGCGCUCCGACACAAUUGAACUGGCCAAAGGGAGUGUUCGUCGAUGUCUUGGGUACCAUUUAUGUGGCAGACGACCGGAAUGAUCGGGUGAUGCGUUGGCCAAAAGGAGCAACACAGGGCAUCGUUAUUGCCGGUGGAAAUGGCGCAGGAGGAGGAGCAAAUCAGCUCAAGGAUCCACAAGGUUUGUCCUCUGAUCGAGAUGGCAAUCUCUAUGUUGCCGAGUGGGGAAAUAAUCGUGUUCAACGAUUUACUAUCCAAUAG